AUUCCCGUGUACGCCCACACAUUUACACCUCCAAUGGCACUGUACAUGUGAUUGCAGGGGAAGGGGGAGAGCGGUGGGAGUGGUGUGGGACCCGUGCUCUUGCAAGCCUUAAACAUCACGACAGUGAAGCCUGAGUGUAAAAGACAGCUUGCAUUGAAGCAAGAAUUUCACCUACCAUUUCUUCUCUCUCUCUCACUCACUCACUAUUUUUAGCCUUCUCUUUCUCACUUCCUUCCUCUUCAUAUUCACUCUCACGCAGCCCUCCUAAUUCUCGACAACCUCUUUGUCUCCAGUAGCUCGAGUGUCAUACAAGAAAACACACACAUAUAUAUAUAAGCACACAUGCAUAGGUAGAUACAUAUUUAGGCUGUAGCUCAGUUUUAAGUAGGAAGUGUUAGUGUAGAGCUUGCUGCUGUUUCUGUAGAAACACUUUGUUUGCUUUGGGACUUGUGCAAUUGAAGAAGAAACCUCUCAUUUUCUCUUUCAUUGUAUUAAGUGAUGGAGCCAGAGUUGAUAGACGAAAUCGAGUGUGGAAACUUCUUCGACCAAAUGGAUGACUUGAUUGAGUUUCCCCCCGACAAUGAGUGUGCUGAUGAUGCUAACUUAGUUAGCUCCAGUGAUUUCCCCACGUGGGACGAGGCGUUGCAGGGCUGCGACACCCUCUUCUCCGGCAGCCCUGCUUCCGACCUUGCUGCAGAGCUCUCUGUUCCGUAUGAGGAUAUAGUUCAAUUGGAGUGGCUUUCGACGUUUGUGGAGGACUCGUUUUCAGGCGGGGGGCUGACAGUCGGCAAAGAGAAGAAAGAGCAAUUGAGUCCAGUGUCAGUGGUCGAGAGCAGCACCAGCAGCAGCAGCAGUUCGGCGGUGCCUCUCAGCCCCCGGCAUCGUGGCCCGCAACGUGCACGUAGCAAGCGCCCUCGGCCGCCAAUGUUUAAUCCGAGACCAGCAAUUCAGCUCAUCUCCCCUGCAUCCUCAGAGUCCAACAGCUUUGCUGAGUCGUCGCCUUCAAAGAAGAGCAAGAAGAUCAAGAUAACUCUGCCUGCAACUCCAACACCCCAGCCACUUCGGAAAUGCUUGCAUUGCGAGAUAACAAAGACUCCGCAGUGGAGGGCCGGGCCCAUGGGACCAAAGACGCUUUGCAAUGCUUGUGGGGUUCGUUACAAGUCCGGGAGGCUGUUCCCGGAAUACCGGCCUGCUGCUAGCCCAACCUUCGUCCCGUCUCUGCACUCAAACUCGCACAAGAAGGUCAUUGAGAUGAGAUGCAAGGUUGAGCCUAUGAUCACUUCACUCUAGAGGAGAGGAGAGAAUAUCGCUUGGUGCUUUUGCCAUUUCUUUGUUCUUUGCUUCUUUGUACAUUAAUGUAAGGAGGGGGUAGGAGUUAUAGAGUUCAUCAUAAUUUAGCUAGUCGAGGGCAAGGAGGAGGAAGAAGAAGAAGAAGAAGAAGAAGAGAGUCUAGGAAGUUUAGUGAUGAGGACUCGGGCCGGGCUUUGCCCUAAUCUUGAAAUUUAUAGCUUUCCCAGCAACUCUUGGUGGGAAUUCUUUUUGCAGUUGAUAUGCUUCUAGUUUUCAUCUUGAAUUGGUAAUGACUUGGAGUUGAGUCUCUGUUCCGCUGCUC